AUGGUCCUCACAAUCCACCACCUAGGCCACUCCCAAAGCGACCGCGUCGUCUUCCUCUGCGAAGAACUCGGCAUCGACUACACCCUAAAAAAAUACUCCCGCAGUCCCGUCCUCUCACCCCCAGAAUACAAAGCCCUACAUCCCAUCGGCGCAGCGCCCGUAAUCGAAGACGAUGGCGGUGUAAAAAUUGCCGAAACCGCUGCGUGCUUUGAAUACAUAAUCAACAUGCACGGAAAAGGAAAGCUCUGGGUGCGAGCGGGCGCGAAAAAUUAUCCGGAUUUUCUGUACUGGUUUCAUUUCGUGAAUGGGACGCUGCAGCCCGGGUUUUCGAGGACGAUGGCGAUGACUAUGGCGGGGGUUCCAGAGGAUAAUGCGACGAUGGGGAGGUAUAAUCAGAGGAAUCAGAUGGCUUUGAAAUUUGUUGACGAGAGGUUGGGGGAGGUGGAGUUUUUGGCUGGAGAGGAGUUUACAGCUGCUGACGCAAUGAUAAUCUUCUCUCUGACUACGAUGCGAGAGUUUUGUCCGGUGGAUCUUUCGGAAUACAAGAAUAUUCUGGCUUAUGUCCAGAAGAUUGUCGCGAGGCCUGCGUAUCAGAGAUAUUUGCAGAAAGGGGAUCCAGAUAUUGAUAUUCAGCAGUUUAUCCGCGGACCACCUCCUCCAGUGUUUGCAGCGUUUCGGCAGCAUAAGUGA